AUGGCCGCCGCCUGCAGCUUCACCACCCAGAUCACUCAAAUCAUGAUCACCAUCACUCGAGUCAGGGUAAAUCCAGAUCAAGAUGUAAACAGAGCACGGGCCGCGCGGCCAGACCAGUCACCUCAAACGGAUCGCGGCACCCCAGCAGCGUCACCAGGGCGAGGGGGCAGCGGGAGUAGCGGAGGAGGGGACGGGGCGCAGGUGAGCUCUGAGCCCAGCAAGAGGCGGCGGCUGUGGGGGCUGCGGGGGCUGGUCAAGAUGUUCAGACGGAGGGUGAGGCGCCGCACUGGGGAGAACACCAGCCCGCCUCCGCCCCAGCCGACACUGCGCGCCAGGUCCACUUCUGAGCUGGCAAUGGAUAUCCAGCAUAGCAGGUCCGGGGGCCCCUACAACCAAGGCCUGAGUGUGUCCCAUGACUCUGUGUUCACUCCUGACGCGGCGGAGCACCACCACCAUCACCACCACGCCCACGCCACGCCGCCCUCGCUCACCAUAGCCACCAGGGGCGUGAACAUGGCGGAGCUGAAGGCGGCGCUAAGGCAACGUCGAGGGGAGGACUCUGGCUCAGGGGAUGACGACCCAGGCCUGCCACUCCCCCCCACCUCCCCCACCACGCUGGAUGUCCUCACGCACGGCCUUAAGGGUUCGUCACGCGCCACCCAGAGCAGCUGCAGUGACGGCUCUCUCCUCUCAAUGGGCAGCUCUGAGAAUGAUGAGGACUCCUUGGGCGCCGCGUCCCACCACUCCUCCAGGGCAUCUCUACUCGAAGGGCGCCACCAGGUCGUAGACCACGAGCCAGUAGCGGGGGCGGUAAGGCUGAGUCACCAGGCAGCCCUCCACAAGAUUGCAGUCAGGCCACGUAGGACCCACGGUGCUCCCAGGGCAAGGAGAGCCACGCAAAUUGGCGGCCAAAUCAGUCUUCCUGAUGUGAUAGAGGAGGCCAACAGCAGGCACCCCAGUGGUCCCCGCCCCCCCAGUGCCCCCCAGCAGCCCCCUGCCACCCCCGCCCCGGCACCCACCCCAGCCCCUGCUACUCAAGUCAGCCCUGAUGAUGAUGUCAGCAUGGAGGAGAGCCCAGCAGCACGAGAACCUCAGAGCACCCCGGAGACAGCCCCGCCAGAACGCAAGGAGGAGCGGCGCGAGGACCAGCCCUUGUUCCAGCGUCUGUUCGGCAGCACCAGCAAGCGCGCAGGACGGCGACACUCCCGUGGCAGUGGUGAGGAGAGCCGGGAGAACAGCGUCAGUCCCUUGCGGCGCGGCACUGAGCAGCGCGCAUCAAAGGACCGUCGCCACGACACCUCCAGUCCGAGAUUCCUCAUUGGCAGCUCAAAACCACGGCAGGAUGCACAUGCACUGCCUCCCUCAGGACGCCCUAGGGACCCAAGCAAGGAGCGAGGUAGCAGGGAUGUCCCACAGUCACCUGAGGAUAUGCAGACUGGCAGUGUGGGAGCGAAUGCCUGGCCACAGGGGGUGAGGAAGACAAAGAGUUUCCGUGAGGAGCAGGCACCAGUACAUCGCGAGGCACUCCGUCGUAAGGUGUCCUCUCACGCCACGGCAGACGAGCAAGGCACCACACCUACCAAGACGUCCAGGCUCUCCACAUCACUGGAAAGCAUUGAUGGUGACGACAUGAGGAAGCCUGCCCCACAUUCUACUCCCACUUCUACGCCUCCUACAGUAACCACAGUCUCCCCACAGCGCUCCUCCACAGAGUCCCUCACUACCACACCUCUCCCUGGGGUGUUCAUACGGCCGUACCCACAGCCAGGCCACCCCAGGGGACCGCCACACCCCAGCCCCUCAGACACUAGCUCAGGCCCCUUCUCCCUGGACUCAAGCCUCAACCAGCAGCCCAAGGAAGUGGAGGACCAGAUGAGGAAAGCUUCGAGUGUGGACCAGAUGACCAUGUCUGAGAGCACCACCACCCACACCACACAUGCCACACAUACCACACACCACAGGGAGCACCAUGUCAAGGAAACGCACACCAAGGAACAUUUGAUGAAGGAGCAGCUGGCCAAGGAACAGCUGACUAAAGAACAGGCUGCCAGGGAACACAUCAUAGAGCAGCACAUCAAGGAGCAGCACAUGAAGGAGCAGCUCAACAAGGACCACCACUCUUGGGAGGAACACACCAAGCACACCACCACCACCAUCACCACCAAGACAUGUGAGGCCAAGCAGGCGGCGUUGGCGGCAGCAAAACAGUCACUUCUCGACACACUGGUGGAGUCUAUCAAGCCAGACCGCAAGACAGAGACCCCGAAAGCCACUCCUCGGAGGUCCCUGAGCCAGACACAGCCGCCCCAGGUGUUGCCCAAGGAGGAGCCACCCCCAGCCACCCCUCAGCAGGAGCCAGAGGGGGAGCAGGCACCUCCAAGAAGACCACUGAGGAGGGAGGCCAGUGUCAAGCGUCUCCCAGCAACUAUGACUGAUUCUGAGAGUGCCGCAGUGCCGGAGUUCAUGCGUAUACAGCUAAACCGCGUUGAAAGUAAGGGCCAGUCUGUUAUCUAUGACACAGAGCAGGAGAAAGGUGGCAAGAAAGAAGAUGAGGAUGUCCCAAAGAUGGAUACAGGUCCUAUAGAUGUCCCUAAGGAUGCUCCAAUAGAGACUGACUUGAACACCCCAAAGAAGGAUGUGCCAGUAAAGGAUAUGCCAACUCCUGCUGCUGCCAGGGAUGUCACAAGGAAGGCAAGUAUGCAAGGAUCCCGCCCCCUCCUGAAGGACACAAGGGAUGCCUCUCCUUCUGCAGUUCUUGACAGUAGUGAAAACAUUGAAACAACACCAGAACAACAAGAGCGAGUGCAGCUUAGACGACCAGUGGUGACUGACAGAACACCUGCAGCUGAGCGCUCUGCUGCCGCCACCACCACCACCACCCCAGCAGCCUCUAGGGACCAGCCAGAACUCUUCAAGGUGUUCGCACGGAGGUCAUUCAAGAUCAAGGACUCAGAUAAGGAGCUGUUUGAGACUAGCAUUGAGGACACUGGAGUUGAGGCAUCCAGUGAGGUGUCUGAGAUGAUGGUGAGCUCAGUACGGCCCUCUAGCACAUCACCGCGGCCUCCCGUCAACACCACACAGGCCACAGAUGUGCAGAAGAUUGGUAUAAACGCCAUCUCAUAUAAUCGCAAAUCGGUUGGGAAUCCUGCCUUGUCCUUCAUGCCUCCCCCAGUGUCCUCUGCGAGUGAGCAGGCGAACAGACCACAGACCACUGCCAGUACCUCCAAAUCUCACACCACUGCCAUUACCUCUAAAUCCCCCCAGACCACUGCCAGUACCUGUAAGACCCCUCAGCCCAGCACAGAGAACAACGCCACACCUCCAACAGUGUAUAGCAAGAUACUGAGCAACAGGAUGAGUGGCAGUGAAGUGAGCAGCGGCAAUGAGAGUGAGGGCAGCGUCUCAUCACCAGUGCCCAUCAGAGCCCCAGUCACUCCCCAGACCAAACCUGCCAUGACUGCAAGACCAGGGUCGGCAAUAAUCUGGCCACCAAGACCACAAGCAUCACAGGAGGAGACCACAGCAACACCACAGCCCACCACAGCACCACAGGACACACCACACAGGAAGUCCCUAGGGAGUAUGGACACGAAGGACGUCACUAAGGAAGCAUCGCAGGAUGGCAUUGAGGUGGAGGUCUCGCCACUGGACAUCAGUGCCGCCAGGAGACGCUUCAUGAGUGCCAGCUACCCCCCGGACCGCCCAGGCACCAGUCCGGCACUUGGCACCUCACCCCCUGCCCUCACCCCAUCACCCAUCACCCCUUCCCCAUCACCACCAGCACCCACACCAUCACCACCAGCCCCAACACAUCCUCCUGUCACUUCCAAUAUCCUAUCAAGAGUUGGAAGUAUAGGCUCAGUGACAAGUCCUGCCACACCUUCCUUCACUGUCACUGUCCGAACUCAGCCUCCUGCCGACACCCCAUCAGCCCCACCACCAUCUACAGCCCUGUCAGGUCCUCCCACAGGCUCCCCAUCCCCGGGUGAGCCAGGGAAGGGUGAUGCAGGGCCAGGCCAGCAGACAGCAGAGGACUGGAGGGUGUUGGUGAGGCAGCGCAGGGAAGGCAGACUCAAGCAGACCAAGACGCCAGAUGCAGAAGAAAUCAUCAUUGAGACGCGGCCUCCAGUUUCCCGCAACAGCAAGGUUCUCGAGAUGGCCAGUAACUUCCAGAAGCUCCAGGUGGCCUAGCAGAGGGUGUGUCCCGGCCCCAAGCGGUAGUGUGGUGGUGUGGUAGUGGUGGUGAAGUAGUGUGGAUGUGGUAGUGGUGGUGUGGUGGUGUUUGUCUCUACCACAUUAAUCAUGCUACACUUUUCUGCUUUGUGGUGGUAUGGUGAUGUGGUGAUGGUGUGGUACUGGUGGUGUGUUUGUCUAUACCACACUAAUCACACCAUACUUCUCUACUGUAUUAUUGUGAUUUGUUUUGGCUUCUUUUGUUAUUUUCAAGAGAGAGAGAGAGAGAGAGAGAGAGAGAGAGAGUAUGCUUUCUGGUGCAGAUAUAUUUUUUUUUAUUCAUUUUAUUUUCUGUUUCAUUCUCAAAUCAUUCCUAAUUGAUAAUAUUGAUCUUAUUUUCAUUUUGGAUGUUCUUAAUAUUUUUAUUUAUUUAUUUAUUUAUUUUUUAUUUUUUUAGCUUAGAUUGUUUCAUUGUUUUAUCUUUUCAUAUUUUUGGGCCGUGAAUUUUUAGAUGUUUCUUAUUUUUACUUGUGAAAUUAAACGUAGCUAUUUUUUUCGUGUUUUCUGUUGUGUAUUUUGUACUUGUAUUUUUGUAAUUCAGAACUUUCUAUCUUGUAUUUCAGAACAUUUUUGUAUUGUUUUAGCUUUGAAUAUUAGAACAUUCUUCUUUUUUUCUUUUGUUGGUCUCAUUUGUAAUCUUGAUCUUGUUCAUGUUUUUGUUCUUCAUUUGCCUAUCUCUCAUUCUUCCUCUUUUUUUGUAUGUUUUUCCUCUUCUUGUUGUUCUCUUUUGACUUUUUAUUUCUUCCUUCAUCCUUCUACUCUUGACCUUGUCUUUUUCUUCUUCUUCCCCUUUACUCUUAAUCUUGUUCUUGUUGCUCAUCUUUUCACUUUCUUCCCAUUCCCUUUCUCAUCCUCGUCCAUAUUAUUACACAUCAAAUUAAUUCUAGGAAGUUUAUCAUUGACAUGUAUCGAAAACACAAUUACUUUCCCUCCACUUUCUCUGAGUUGACCGAACCAGUGUAGAACUUAAUGACUUAUGAAUGACAAUAAUGAGAAUAAUGGCUAUGUACUGACAAUAACAGUAGAGAGAGAGAGAGAGAGAGAGAGAGAGAGAGAGAGGUGCAAACAUACAUGAAACACUCACAUACACACACAAAACCUCCUCCCCACCAAAAAAAAAAAAAAAAAAAAACACAUCAUUCAAAGCACCACAUUAAAUGCAAAAAAAAAAAAAAAAAAAAAAAAAAACCCUAGUCAGACCACCAGUACUAUUACAAAUCACCCGAUAAACCAAUAAACCAAUUGACCGAUAAACCCAGUAUCCGACAAGCAAAUAAAUAGACCAUUCGCUAACCUCAAUGUUCAGACCUCUAGCUGAAUAACAGAAGGAUCAGAGAGUGUAGCCGCAGAGUAGCGAGAAGCAGCUGUGUUAGGUUACAAAGUCAGUCAGAUCUGUUUGAUGUCGAUAGCAAGCAGUUACUGGCAGGGUACUUUGGACAGGAAAGCAGUAGAGAGGAGUAGGAAAGAGUAGCAAUGCUGUAGGAGUGUAAGAAGUAAGCAGGAAGAAGUAGAAAGUGGGCGACCAUGGGAUAUAAGUAGGAAGAAGUAGGAAGGGUGUAUGAAUGACAGGAACAAAUAGGAUGAAGUAGGAAAGAGUAGGAAGGGCAAAAAGUAAGCAGGAAGGAAUAGGAUAAGUAUAUGAAUAAGGUAUAUAAGUAGGAAGGGUGUAUGAAUGACAGCAACAAAUACAAAGAAGUACGAGUAGGAAAGAGUAGGAAGGCUAAGGAGUGAGUAGGAAGGAGUAUGAGGAGUAUUUAAGUGCUAGGAGUAAGUGAGAAGAGUGUAUAAGUAUGAAGAGGAGUGAAAGAAACAUUAGCAAUCUUGUAUGAAGGAAUGAAUAAGAAAGAACAAGUGUAUGAAUGUACUAAGGAAAGUUACUGUUUAUCGCUUGUAUAUAUUAAUGUAAAUACAACCCAGAAAGUAUCGUGUAUGUUUAGGUCUUUUUCGCAUCGUUAGUAACAGAGUAGUAGAAUUAAAUGUUACUGGAGGGCAUGGAGAUUAAGGUAAAGUGGGAGGGAUUUUGUGAGAGUUUGGCAUGUUUGUGUGUGUGUAUGUGUGCGUGUGUGCGUGCGUGUGUGUAGGAAGAAAUCAGUGUUUGUGUUGGAGUUUUGCAAUGUGUAGUGAUCAUUCUGCCUUACUAGAGAGGGAAAUGUUGCAUAUUCAACUGCAUUGGGAGAAGAUAAGGGCAAGAUAAAGAGAUUUGUUAAGUUUGGGGUAAAAAAAAUAUCGAUAGGAGAAACAUUUAGGAUUAGAGCAUUCAGUCCAAUAUAUUCAGAGAUGCUGGUUAGUGUAUGUAGGAGUGGCUAGUGUGAUAAUGGAAUACUGAUAGUGGUGUGUGGAGACCUGUUAGUUGAUGGCAUGGGGAAGGUAGAGACUGAAGCGUCCAGCGUUUUGUGAUUGGUGUUUACGAUGUGAUAAUAGAAUACAGUUACCUAACCUGGCAUGUUAUAAAUUGUUCCUUAACCAUGUAUAGAAGAACAGGAGAGUUGACUAACAAUUCAGAGGAGAGUUGAAAAGUCAUGUAGGCAGAUGAUGUGAUAAAAAAACUAAUGCACUGCUGUACUAAUCCUGGUGUGCUAAACUGUCUCCUAGGUAUGUGCAAGAAAAGUAAUGGAGUGUGACAGUGGAAACACACCCCAUUUUUUUUCUUGUUCUCAUUAUUGUACAUCAGAUUUAUUCUAGAAAGUCAUACUAAUCCUGGCAUACUGAACUGUUUCCUAGAUGAAUGAGGCAGCCCAUAUGCAAGAAAAAUUAUGGAGUGUGACAAUGGAAAAAAAAACAUCUCUUUCUCAUUCUUGAUCUUAUUAUAAUGCAUCAAAUUUAUUUGAGAAAUUUUGUCAUUGCCAUGGACUGAAAACACAAUUAUGUCCUUCCCCUCCAGUUUCUCUGAAUUAACUGAACCAAUGUAGGAGUUAAUGGCUUAUCAGUGACAGUAAAGAGAAACAGAUCACAAGGAGAAGAAGAAACCAUUAAGAAUCAUACUGUGCGACGUUAAGAGUCAAUAAUGGGAAAUACGUAGAACAGAACAUACAGCAUGAGAAUGAACCCUGUAUAAGACUAAGGCACUUCAAAAUUACACCCUUUGAGAAUUUAAAGUUGCCACAUGAAUUAGGAGAGGACAAGAAGGAAUGGGUUCAAACUUGAUAAAGAUAUAUAUAAAGAAGUACAAAGAGACUGUUUCUCAAAUAGUGGUGGAUGAAUUAGACUUAGUAAUUAAGCUGUUAGUGCUGAAUCACUAGGGAGCUUUAACCCUUUCACUGCGAUCCAAAACAAUUGAUGGCACCAGAAGCAAUUUAUGAAGUCUCUAUAAACAUCUACAGGAAAGAAGGAAAUUAAAUAGAAUAGAUUUUGCAAUUUCUACCCAGUUUAAAGAUUGGAGGUGGCUGUAGAACAAGCAAUGAUGUCUCACAGGAAAGAUGCACCAAUUAACAGUCAAAGGGUUAAGACCAGGUAGGAGAACUGCACUAUUUUCCCUAUAGUUUGAUUUGUAAGUCAUGUUUGUCCACUGUCACACUCCUCUGCUGUUCUUGUAUGUGUGGUGCAGGGCAUAUACUCGUAUUCCUAAGACAAUGGUGAAGUUGUCUGAAGCAUCCCCAUGAGCAUUACAAUGUGAUAAUACUGUAUGACAUGACUUCAACGAUGGCAUACUACAAAACUGUCCCGUAGCCGCGUGGAGAAGGCAAGACGGAGAGGCAAUGAUGGAAAACCUGAGUGUGUGCUGUGAUAAUAUAUGGUACAGUAAUGAUAUAACACAAUUCUUGCUUAACUCUACUAAAAAAACAAAACCCUAGCAUUGAUUCCUACCAAAAUGGAGUGUCUUUGAGAAAAAAAAUUGUACGUACAGAUUGGUGUGUGAUAUAAGAUUAAGGAUGAUAAUGAUAAUGUUAAGAGUACUGUAAGAAUGGCAAUAAGAGUAAGGAAGUAAGAGUAUCAUAAAGUUACUAAUGAUAUAAGUGAGAAAUUAAGAUUAUGUAAGAAUGACAAGUGUGAGAAAAUAAGAGUAUUGUAAAAUUAACAAUGACAAGAAUGAGGAAUUAAGAGUAUUGUAUGAAUAACAGCAAAAAGCACGAGAAAUUAAGAGUAAGAAUGAAAGAAUGACUAGAAUGAUAAAAAGCAGAGUAUCAUAAAAUUAACACUGACAAGAAUGAGAAAACCAGCAUGUGGAAAGAAUGACAAUGAUGAUAAUGAGAAUAUAAGUGUAAAAAUGCCAAUAACAAGAAUGAAAAAAAAAAAAAACAGAUUAUCAUAAAACUAACAAUGAUAAGAAUAAAAAAAAACAGUGUAUCGUAUGAAUAGCAAUUAAAAAAAAAAAUGAGAAAGUAAAAGUAUCAUAAAAUUAGCAAUAACGAGAUGAGAAAGGCAGAGAAUCGUGCAUCACAAAACAAGACGAAGAGGACCGGAAUGCAUUCAGUUGCGCUUUAAGGAAUUGAACACCUUAACUGUCGCAGGGUUACGUUUUGCAGUGUUUGGAUUCUUUAUGGAAGAUUUACAUAGACGUUUGAAUCCCCACGUUUUUCCGGGUUUUUGUGCCUGUGCGGUUUGAAACAUACAGUCCCUUAGUGCUUUACGAUAGAGUGGGUAAUAAGACGUUUAGUAUUUUUAUAGUGUUGCGUUUUCUCGACGUUCCCUCAGUACUGUGUAAAUCUUUAGCCAUGUGUUUUUUGUAUUUUUUAUGCAAGUUUUUUACUAAUUGUAUUGUGUGUGUAGCCAGUCACCCUCUCUCCAGUGUACUGUAGUUUUUUAUUAGUGUUUUUUUUUAUUUUUACUUUUUCUUAUUAUGAUGAUGAAGGAAGUGAAAUAGCAGAGAGAAAUCGAUAUUGUGUGUGUGUGUGUGUGUGUGUGUGUGUGUGUGUGUGUGUGUUUGUAGGGGCUAAAGAAUAUAGGUUUUAUUAUCAAUAUUUCUAGUUCUUGAUAUAGAGGGAAGGGGAGAAAAACAGGAAGGUAAAAAAGGAUAAAAACAGAGAGAGAGAGAGAGAGAGAGAGAGAGAGAAUGCAUGUGUGUGUUUGUGUAAAGCAAGACAAAGAAUAAGUCUGUUUGUUUGCGUUUGUUUAUUUGGUGAGUUCCUAGAGAAAUCUACUACUCGAGGCAUUCUUAUCUUCACCACCCAAAGGUCCAUUGCUUUAAAGAAGACUCUCAGUUGACUAACCCAGACACAGAGGGACACGGAGACUAAAUGUACUUAAGUCAUGAAUUUUCCUUCAUGUUUUGUGGCAAAUUUAUCUGUUUAAGAAGGAAAAGAGAGACAUAGAAAGAAAAAGGAAAGUUUGUAUUUGUUUUGUAUACUUAAGCUGAAAUAAUGGUUCUUUUUUCAUAUUUUUUUUAUUUAUUUAUUUUCAUUUAUUUGAGUGAUGCAUAAUGGUUCUUUUUUUCAUGUUUUGUAUUGUAAUUUGUUUUUAUUAAUUAAAGUGAUGCAGAUAUUUUCACUUUUUAUGCAUGUUGUUCUUACUAGUAUUAUUCAUUUUAUUUUAUUAUAUUCUUAUCAUUCUUUAAUUUAUUCAUUGUAUGUAUGUACGUUUGUAGACUAUGUAUACGUUAUCUCAUCCAUCAAUACUUACAGUACAUACAUUUUUUUUUUUUUUUUACCGUAUUUUGUAUUUUUCUUAACUUUUCUAAGCCAUAAUUUAUUUUGUAAUCCACGUUUUGCCACCAUCAUUAUGUACUAUUGUUGUUCUUUAUUUGUCAACACGUGCGCUGCGACAGUCUGCAUAAUUACGGUGUUUGUUGAUCUAGUCCACUGCUCAUGUCCUGUUUGUUUGCCUGUCUGUUUGUUUGAUUCUGUGCAUGAUUUUUUUCAUACAUAUCCGCAUCUGUAAUUGUAAGUAUAGGGCUCUUUUUCAUUAUUCAUUUUUAGCUUUUCCAUAUUCUAAGCUUUAAUUUUUAAGUGAGUGUUUAGUCUUUAGUGGUUUUUACAUUUUCUUUUUUUUUUUUUUUUUCAAUUAGAGCUGAUUUUUCAGUUUUUAAUACAUUUUUCUUCUUUAUUCUCUCUAUUAUGUAUUUUUUAAUGCAUUUUUAACAGGUACUCUUUUAUUCUAUUUUAUUUAUCAUUAUUUUUCAAACAUGUAUUGAGAUUCCAAAUCCUGACUUUUAAACAGGCAUUCAUUUUAGUAAUUCUGCUCAUUAUAAUUAUUUUGUUUCUAUUUACAUGCAGUAUACUACUUAUCCAAGCAAUUAUUUUAAACAUGUAUUAUUUUACUAUUAUUUGAUUACAUAGUUUUCUAACGAGCUCAAAAUUUCAAGCAGGCAUUGUUUUGCAAUUUUUUUUUUUUAAUGUCAUAAUUUUUCACAUACUGAGUCAGUGAUGCUGAUCUGGUGUCAAUAAAUGAUAAUGAUGACAAUAACAAUGAUUGAAAGGUAUAUAAAACUCUUACUAUUACUAAAAGAACACAGUCUAUUAAUCUUCUAUAUUCUGCAACACAAAAUCUUUCCUCUCAUCCAUAUCUAAUAAAUUCAAACUGUAGUGACUCGAAAUAUGAGGACCAUAAAAAAAUAUAUCCUAGAGCCUGAUGAUGCUUUAGUUCCAAUAUUUAACCCUUUAACUGCUCAACAAUUGCUGGAUACUUUUUACUUCAACUGAGAAACCUUAGAUGACUUAACCCACACAAAAUAUAUGUAAAGGCACCGAAAGCUUUGAAUUUGUCAAGUAUUUAAUGUGUUUUAAAGCUUCACUCUGAGCUUGCUUGAGAAGAAGUAGCAGUCAAAAGGUUAAGGGACUGCUCCCUUGACCAUGCCAGAGUUCAGUUCUUAUACAGGGCACCUCCAGUGACUAAGAAUCCCUCCCUACUGAUAAAUUUCUUAGCAUAUAUGAUGUUCUGAAUAGGGAGACAUAACACUGGUGGCAGCUGUGGGAUACACUUGGGUCUUUAUACUUUAGGUCACUACAGAGCUUCAUAAUAAAGUGCCUGGGAUUUAAAAAAGAUUACGGAUUCGCCUCAAGUAUAAUUAUAUUGUGAUCGGGUACUAUGUGGUGUUAUCGGGCAGGGAAUCGGAUUAACUUGUACAGAAUCGGAUAAAGGAGAUACGUACCUACUGCUUGUUAUUGUUGAUGCGCUGAGAGGUAAAUUUACGAUUAUUAUAUAUAUGCAAAAUGAUUUAUCUUUUCUUUAGUGUGUCAGAGCGUGUGAAGUAAAUGUUACUUUGAAAGUUUUCACGAGAAAAAUGUACUUAUAGAGUUUAAAAUGAAUGGGUUAAGUUAUGAGAAAACUGUUAUUCAGGAAGUUGAGAAUUAAUUACUUAUGAGAACAAUAUGUCAUUGGGGAGUUCGUGAUUACAGAGAUUAUUGGAAAAAAUGUAAUCAAGAAGAAAUUAUGAGUAAAAUAAAAAAAAAUAUUAAAAGUGUAAUUAUAGGAUGUAAAAAAAGCUAAUGAGAAAAAAAUAAUCUGGGAGCUAUUAAGUAGUGUAAUUUAAGAAGCAAAUUAGUAACUAGAGAAAACUUGCAAGGAAAAAAAUAAUAGUCAGGUUAUUAAUAAUUACAAAAAUUAUGAGAGAAUUAUGUAAUUGUAGAGAAAAAUAAUAAUUGGAAAAGUUCAUGAUUAGAUGACUUUUUUUUUUCAACUACACUAUAAUGAGGAAGUUGUGUUAAGAAUUAUAGAGUUUAUGAGAGAAAAAAAAACAAUAGAUAGCUUUUAAGUUGCGUUAAGAAUGAAUCAAUUGCUACAACCUGUUUGACUACAAUAAUGUGCCUUGUUGACGCUUGUACAUAACCGACCUCCACCCUGGGUAUAGCAGUGGUCAUGUCUGUAUAGUAGUGAUGCACCCUGUGUUAUAUACAUACAUAUAUAUAAUAUAAUAUAUCAAUAAAAACUAAGUGAUUUA